AGCAGGGAGCGCAUAAAUUGUGCGCGCGAAAGGAGGCAGAGCGACAGGCAGGCGCGAGCGAUGCGUUUCCCGCGCUCCGGCUCUCAGAUUCCGUCAGCGCGCUAACCGACUACACACACACACACACACACACACACACACCUCACACACCACCGGACCGGGUCGGGUGCUUUGAUGUUUUAUUCUUCUCCGUUUUUGAAGUUUUAACGCUGCCUCGGAUCGGAAUGUAGCGUCACGCGCACGGCUCGGGGUUUCUGUGUGUUUAUACACAUCACGGACCUGUGGGGAGAACCUGAGGGAGAACCUCAGAGAACCUGAGGGAGAACCUGAGAGAGAACCUGAGGGAGAACCUGAGAGAACGUGACUGAGGCGGAAGCGCACGACACACACGCGCGCGCGAAGCCUGCAGCAGCACGCGGACCCGCUUCUGUAUCAUCAUCAUCAUCAUCAUUAUAAUUAUACUAAUAUUCUCUUAGAGAGACAGAGAGAGAGUGAGAGAGAGAGAGACAGAGCCCUGCUGGAUCCGAGAGCGCAGCGCCCUGAGCCGGACUCCUCCUCAUUCCUCAGGACCAUGGUGUUGGACAAGGAAGAGGGAGUGCCGAUGCUCUCCGUCCAGCCCAAAGGCAAGCAGAAGGGCUGCGCUGGCUGCAACCGCAAGAUUAAAGACCGCUACCUGCUCAAGGCGCUGGACAAAUACUGGCACGAGGACUGUCUGAAGUGCGCGUGCUGCGACUGCCGCCUGGGCGAGGUCGGCUCCACCCUCUACACCAAAGCCAACCUCAUCCUCUGUCGCAGGGACUACCUGAGGCUCUUCGGGACGACGGGGAACUGUGCAGCCUGCAGUAAACUCAUCCCUGCUUUUGAGAUGGUGAUGAGGGCCAGAGACAACGUGUACCACCUGGACUGUUUCGCCUGUCAGCUGUGUAACCAGAGGUUCUGCGUAGGAGACAAGUUCUUCCUAAAGAACAACAUGAUCCUGUGUCAGAUGGACUAUGAGGAGGGCCAACUCAACGGCAGCUUCGAGACGCAGGUCCAAUAACGCCAACCUGAAGGAGGCAGCAGCGCACACACACACACACAUAUACACACACACCUACACACAUACACACACACACAGGAGGGAGCGUCUGUCUGCUUGCCUACAAUACUUUUUACAGUAACAGAAGCCCUCGCUGGUCCUCUAGGACUUCGGUGUAAAUGUUUCUCCUUUCAGACCGUUGCGUCUCCUGUACAGUCGCUCCCGCGCCGUCUCGCCUCCCGUCUCGCCUCCCGUCUGUGUGAUGUUUUUGCUUUUGUUCCUCGUUCCUCACGGUCAGGAUGGUAAGACGGAGGGUGAUGUACAGUCUGUUUUUUUCUGUAUAUAUAAACUGGAACAUUUAUUUUAUGAAAUUGUAAUGCACUUUUAUUACUCGUGUGAA